GGCAGCGGACGGUGCAGACGGUGCGGACGGUGCGGACUGUGCAGCAGCGGACGGCUGUUUAAGCCGCGGGCGGUGGAUACGUUAAAGACGAAGUGUUGGAGACUUGGAGGUAGCUGGCAGCAAAGCGCGCUUACGGACGUGGAGGCUGGAGGGGAUACCUGCCAGAGAACAGCUCGGAGCUGGCGGGCCGCGGCAACCGCUGCUCGUGACCACCCCAAUCUGAUCUCCCCAAUCCGCUCCUGAUACGAGACCAUCCUAAUCCGCUCUCGACCUGAGAUUGUCCCAACCUGAUCCCCGCCAGGAGCUGCCCUACCUGGUGCCGGCCCGACACCGCUCCACCCCUUCCCCGGCCCGAGGCGUUCACACCCCACGGCCAGCCUUAAGGCGACGCUGAGCCGUGCACCACCGUCCUCCCCGGCGGGCGCGGCCGAGGGCGCGCCGCGCACCAUGCUGUGCGGCUACCGCUCCGUCAUGCUCAGCUCGGACUCGGACAACGCCGACAACCGGGACGUGAUGCCGCCGGUGCGGCUACCCAUGCUGAACGUGCGCCCCACCUCGAUGCUGAUGCGCCGCUUCCGCUCGCACCCGACGCUCAACAAGCAGGAGAUCACGGUGACCGCCUUCCAGAAGCACGAGGUGUCCGUGUCGACGCUGCAGCAGCGCGAGGUGACCGAGUCGCUGCGCCGGCAGGAGGCGGCGGGCGGGCACCGCCAGGGAUCUGCUUUGGACAGGCUGUGGCAGACGGACAUCGAUACCAAUAGAGGUUUCUCGGUGCUGCCCAGCAAGUACAGCGUGGAGCGGCGCGGCUGGGACUACACGUCAACGCCGUCGCCGCCGCGUGACAGCUUCGGCCGGCCCUACAAGGGCUCGCCCACCGGGCGGCCCAUCCUGCAGCCCAUCCCGGGCGCCCACAGUCAGCUGCACGACGCUGGUGCACCUGGCGUUGUGGGACAAGCGAGCAGCAAAUCUUCGGAAUAUACUCGACAAGAGUCGAGGUACACACGCCUUCCGCCCCACCGCGAGGUUCUCACCAUCGAUAGAUCACCGGAGCCGACGGGAGCUGAGCUCAACCACACUCUUCGCCCGACGGAGAGAUCCCAUCUAGUCUUUGAGAAAGGAGGAGUUGGACCUUCUAAAACUAGCACCCACCAGGAGAAGGCGGUGAACGGCAAGAAGUUGACGACCGUCUCUGCCCCGCACAACAGCGAGCCCGGCCACCGGUACAGCUACCACGGCGACAGUCCCAGCCGGCGCGCCAGUCUCCUGCCGCAGGGCCACACGCACGGUACCAUGGGCAACGGACGCAGCAAUGGCACGGAACAGACAGACAGGGCCUUCCACGCUUCCUCCAAGCAGUCCAACUUCGGCUACCACGACGACUUCAACUCCGACUCGAGUGAUGAGGACCCCAACGGGAUCACCCUGUCCAACACAACUCGCAGUAAGAUGAAGCUGCUGGCCAAGCGGAACGAGAUGCGGAAGGAACUGGACCGGACGAACCACGAGACGGGCGCCGCGCAGCGCGACAGGGACGAGCGUAGCAGAAAGUUCAAGCAGCUGGAGAAAGAGUACUCGAGCGGAGCCAGCGUGGAAUCACGUCUGGCCGCCAAGAGGAACGGCCACCUGGGCAGAGUGCCCGGCCAGAGCUUCGCCUCUCCUCGCCGCUCGCCCCACCCGGCGCCUCUGCGAAGGGCCUUCAGUCAGGAGCGUGCCCAGCGCAGCCGCAGGCCUUCCCAUGCUAAUCACCUCAGCCCGGAGAAGCCCCCUGCGACACUGCUACCCAGCCCCCGGAUGGAGAGGAAGUCAGGUAGCAUGCAGAAUCUGGCAACCAAACCGAAGCAGCCAGCACUGCCCAAGUCGAAAACUUUUGGAGCCGAACUGAACAAGCGCAGUAUCCCGAGCAGCGCGAGUACCGUGUUUGGAGACCACUUGGAGAAGUUUGGAAACCCCAAGGCGGCCCUGGAAGAGGCGUACCGCAAGCUCAACUCUGAUGACUGGGAGCGGGAGGUCAGCGGCCUGACGGACCUAGUGCGCCUGUUCCGCUACCACCCGGACAUGGUCAGCGGCGACCUCAAGAACGUCUCGGCCGCCGUCAUCAAGCAGAUGAAGAAUCUGCGCUCGCAGGUGCUGCGUGCCGCUGUCCAGACCAGUUGCGAGAUGUUCCAGCACGUCGGCAAGGGCGUUGAACCGAACCUGGAGAAGAUCGCUGCGAUUCUGCUGCAGAAGACGAGCGACACCAACAAGUUCAUCAAGGCGGACAGCAACCGGUCGCUGGACGUAAUGCUGGACAGCGUGUCCCUGCCGCGCGCCAUUACGGCCGUCACCAGCGAGGGUCUAGGCCACCGCAACGCCCAGGUGCGCUGCACGGUGGCCCGCCUGCUGGCGACGGUGGUGCAGCGGCUGGGCGCGGCCGGCUCGCUCUCGGGCCAGCGCGACAUCACCGACCGGCUGGUGCCAGCGGCCGCGCAGCUGGUGCGCGAGGGCGACCUGCAGACGCGAAAACACGCGAAGACGAUUUUUCAAGUAUGGCUUCAGCAUCCUGAUUUGGACAAGGUACUGAGCAAAUACCUGUCUGGAUCGGUCAAGCUGGACAUCGAUAAGGUGGUCGACAACCUGAAGAAUGAGGGCAAGCCCAAGGACUCGGCGCAAAGCAAACGCGGCUUCGGCAGCCGGGUACGGCUGAACCACACCAUGUGAGCGUGGCGGGAGGAGCGCGGCCGCGUCGCGUGGCUGCCGCCGGCUGCUCCGGACGGGCCUGUCGCGGUCAAGAGCCGCAUCCUCCGCGGACAAACGCCACCCCGGCCGCCGCGGUCGGGUCCAGUCCCGGAGCGGAUGUUCUUAUCUCUGGGAGUGGCUGAGGGGCGUGACUUGAGGGGCGUCAGAGAGAGGAUCGCGCCUGUACCUACUGCGGCUGGGCGGACGUUGUGAGCGGACGACCCGCGGGGUGGAGGGGACGGGUGGGUCUCAGGGCCGCGCGGAGUGGCGGCCCGGUUAGUUCGCGCGGAAACGUCUGGGGCUGGUCCGCCCGGCGCCGCAUAAAUUGUUGAGUCUUUGUAGUGCGUUUUACGAACUAGAGCGGCAGCCCACGACAUAAGGGGCACUGGCGGCAUUUUGUGUACGUGGAUCGCCACUGGGCAGGUGUUUUGUAGGUGUGGCUUCGGUACUCCAUUGGAUCUAAUCCGUCCAUUUGUGCCACGAAAUCAAAUAAAACUUCUCUCUUCA